AUGCAUGCUGCAGAGGCUUCCGAAAACUGGGACGACGACUUUGAAUUCCAAUCCACAUCCUCGAAACGCACACGGCGACCCCCCCUCAAUAGCCAUGACCAGCCGCCCCACGACCAUCUAUAUAGCGACACCCCCACCACACAUAAUGACACGACCUCCGCAAACGAAAACGGCCACCGCCAUCAUCAGCGGCAGCGCGGCUCGCAGUCAACGACGGAGAAUUGGGACGACGAUUUUGCUGAGGAGGAGCAUGAGCAGGAGGGGCACCAGCAAUACAGCUCGACGGAUUCCCAUUCCACAUCGAAUUCCCACUCUCCAAUAUCUUCCUCCUCCUCUGCUGCAUCACCAAUUCCCCCGAACCCAUCUUCCUCUCGAUCUUCUUUUGCGCUCCCUCCUCCACCACCCGCUCGUGCUCUUUCCCGUCCCCACGACUCAGAUGCGACAAGACAUCGCGACCAGACCCCACGAGCAAGCAAAAUCCGCAGCAGGGCUGGAUCGGCGGCGACGGCUAUCCAGACCGCCCAGCAACAGUGGGGCGAGUCGAGCGAUGACGAUAUGGACGCCGAGCUGGGAUUUGGUGACGAGGAGGACAGAACAGUUACGGCCCGGACAGGAAGAAGGGCAUUGUCUCAUCAUCUGGUCCACGCCUCUCCGCCGCCGCCUGUACCCCCACUACCACAAUCCGCCACAGUCGGACGACGGGGACCAGGCUUACAUAUUCCCACCAAAGAGUCGCUGCAGAACAUGCCCUUCCCGCGUUCCCCAACUGCAUCUGUCUUCUCAGCUCCCGAUAACGCGUCGAUUGCGUAUACGCAUACCAGUGCGGGAAGCACAACUCAUUUACGGCCAACUUCACGGUCAGGCAAGCGGGAAAGAGAGGCUGCAAAGGGGCUUGCGGGCCUUCCGCCCAGUCCGCCAAUCCACCGCGAGCGGAGACGGCUGCGAAAGAAGAGCCGACCACAUGGCCAGGAAAAAACGGGCACGGUGGAGCUGCGAGAUAUGCGCCGGGCAAGUGAGGAUGGAGCAGGCGUUACGGAGGAAGAAGUCGAAGACUGGGACGCGGAUUUGGAGCGGGAGCGGGAAGAAGAGGAGCGUCAGCACCAGCGGUAUAAUCCCUAUGGCUCCAGCACGGAUGUCGGCGCGAGCCAGACGGGCACAUCCAGAAAUGCAAGUGCUUCACAGGUGGCGCUUUCGACUACUUCAGGCGGAGGCGGGUUGUUGUCAAGAAUUGGCAGCGUCAAACGGUGGGGCGGCGGAGGCGGUGUUCUAGGCAGGCGGAAGAAAAGUAGUAGCGUUAGUGUGGCGAGCGAGACAUUGGGACCCGACCCCGACCUGGAUGUUCUCGCGGACAUUCACUCGCAUUCACAUCCCGCGCUUCUACGCUCCGGCUCGCAAUCAUCCUCCCGCUCCCGCCAUUCAUAUUCUGCGCCAUCGUCAAGCGCGUCACCAACCGGUCCUGUCGUGAAGCGAAGUGCUAUUCGACACUCGCACUAUGCGGGGGACGCGCCUCGGACACCGCCCAGACCAAUUCCCAAUUCUACCCCUCAAAGCAGUGCCGGAUCGCCUGCAGACCGGGGUCGGCCACGAGUCCCAGCAACUGCGUCCAAAACCGGAGGAGAUUUGGGUCGAGAUGGUUCCCCUGCGGCGGGAGAAGCAGUGAGGCCGUAUACGCCUUCGCCCACUGGACAGGAGGAGCCGAAGGAGAGCAGCAAGCUGGUGAAACGGCGAAGUCUGGGCUUUGUGCAGAUUCGUAAGGGGCUCAGGCCACUCAACGGCGAUGAGCACGCCACACCAACGGCGAAGAAUUCUGGGGCUACUGCAGCGCAAACACCGAAUGCUAGUCCAAGCAAGUACGGCGGGCUCGGCGUCGGUCGGCCGCCCCCGUCAGACAGUGUCGAGGAUCUCAAUAAGGCGUCCAGCUCGGAAGGCCAUGGAAUGGGCUUCAUCGAGCGCAAUGUCCGCCGCAUCAGCCUUGUUGGGCACAAACGCACAAAGAGCGGGGUGUCGCUUUCAGGCCUACCGGCCGGCCUGCCUCUGUCGCCGGAUUCCGGGCCGGUACCGGUCCCGCCGGUGGAUGUCCAGCUGCAGCCGCCGUCGCCGCCGCAAACAGUGCGGUCGCCGAGUGGGGGGAGCAGCAUGAUGACCAUCGCGCCCGGCGUCGCAGCGGGCGUAGACGGCCUUCCCCUUUCUUUCUCGCCCACUUUCUCCAACCCGAGUACCACGCUUAACUCGCCCGUUCCCCUUGCCUCCUCCUCGACACCUUCGCUGACGCCACACACGCAAUCGCAACUGCCACAACAAAAGUCCCCACUGACACUCUCCCCACACGGUCACGCGGCGUCUCUGGGCCGGUCGGCUGCUGCCCAUGGCCACCUUCCGGUGCUUGCAAGCGGGCGGGGGGUGGAAAUGGGGCCUGGUGCGAUGCGAAGAAAUUCGCUGGGUGACUUGAAGAUUCCUGCAAGGAUCAGCCAGGCACAACAAGGUCUACGACGCGAUUUGGGGAUGGUGAGGGAGUUUGCGCGGAGUGUGGAAGAACUCAAAGAUCUCCAAUCAACCUACCAAUCGCUUGUCUCAGAGGUUCAAGGGCUUCUCGAUGCCCACGUUCUUUCUCAUCCCCCGCCUAAAGACGAAUCAUCCACAACUCGCAGUACCUCUUCCCCAACGUUCUUCCGACGACAUCGGUCCAACACAUCGUCUUCCAACCCCACAUCGCCUCAGCAGGCAUACAAGCAACUCGCGUCCGCCUUUUAUACGAUCAAUUCUAAAUAUCGCAUCUCGUGGGAGUGCGCGGAACUGCUAAUUGACCUCGGCGGUGGCGGGAGCUCUAGCGGGCAACCGACGACGAGCACGUCUGCACCGGCGAUGCCAACGGUUACAGCUGCGGGUAAAACACGUGAGCGGGCGAUCACGCUCACGGACGACUCUCCUGUACCCCCGCCCAUGACUGGUCCCCCGAUUGCGAGCCCGCCGAAUUCUGCGUGGAGGGCAUCAACUGGCCGAAACGACCUCAGCCAACGGCAACUCCAUCUUCUGAAGGAAAUGCUGGCGGGCAAUGCGGACGAGUCGUUCAUUAGUGAGGGCGGGAUUCCAGAGGAGUCACCUACGAUGUCGUUGCCAGUGAACCGUGACUGGCGAUGGGGCGAUGCGAUGGGGAGUACGGUUACACUGCCGAGCGAGGAGAGCGCGGGGGUGGGGGUCGAGGAGAAGGAGGCGAAGAAGAAAAGGCGGAGCAGUCGGCUGCGAAUGAGUGGGAUUCGGGACAUGCUUAGGGCAUUGAAACGGGGGGCUAGUGCAAACGGGCCGCUACCCGCAAAGCCCACAGCCGCGUCGUCUACCUCAGUUAGCACAGACUCGUCGGGGCAUCUGUACGAGCACGGUCACGUGCCCACUCAGGGGCGGAGACGGGCCAAGACGAGCGCAGGGCCAGAGUCGGUCCGCUCAACGAAUGCCCCGCGGCCAAUGUCACCAAACGACUUGACUGCAUCGUACAAGACGGCGUCACCAUCGCCGCGCCGGCCGUCUCUUGCGGCCAUCUUUCGCAUCGGGGGCAAAUCGCCCAAGGCCUCACCACCGCCGGUGUCCGGGCCGGAGUAUGGGUUUGAGCUGUACCCCACGUUCAGUGGUAUUUCUGGCGGGCGGGAGAGUGCGCAUAAUAGUACGGAGGAGGAGGACUGGGACAGGAUGGAGGACUCGGCGUCAGCGUCAGCUUCCGAUGCUGAAGGGAUGAAUAUUGGUAUGGGCAUGUCGACGGGGACCGUGCGGGGAAGAGGUGGGAAGUCUCCGUAUGGCUUACCGAUCCUAAAUCGGCCGACCACGCCCAGCUCGCCGUCACAUCCCAACCCAAUGCGUUCCCCCAGCGCGAGUGGCUCACGGACGUCGCUUGCCCAUGCCUCUGGAACGACGCGUUCGACAAGGCUGUCGAAUGUCGCAGAAAUGCCCGGGGCCACCCCAUCCGCUAGCAGCAGCAAAAAUGGCAGUCCAUCUUCGCGGUCAAAACGCACCGGUGCUGGCGGCUCAGUGCGGUCAAUGCCGCCCGUCCCCGCGGUGCCUGAUCUUGCGCUGGGGAGGCUCGCAAUGACGCCCGAGAAUAUCAAGCCAUUGCUGGAGAAUGCGCGGGAGGUCCACGCAAGGCUGGGCGAAUGCGUCGCCGAGAUUCGCGCGCUGCUCGCGGGGGGACUCGACGGUGAGGGGUAG